AUGUGUUUAGAAAUGACUUGCUGCGCCGAUAAAGCACCAUCUUCAACUGAAUUUUCUACGUCCUUCCACUUAUUCGCAAAGUUACCCACUGAACUUCGUCUCCAAAUCUGGAACUAUGCCAUCUUACUCACCUCGCCAUAUAUUGGGCUAUCAUGGUCCCCAUCAGAAAAUCGAUUCAUUUCUGAUCGGAAGCCUCCUCCAAUACUUCAUACCUCAAGCGAGUCUCGUUCAAUAUCACUUGCUUAUUGGACUUUCUCGUCCCCCAUCUUCUCCCACACCUGCAUCAAUUAUGAUCGAGACUUCUUGUGCUUCAACUGGCCAUCAAUGGGAAGCAUCCCAGGUCGACUGGGUGGAAAGAUCACGGAUGAAGAAUGCAGGAGGAUAAAAAAGAUUCUCAUACACGAGCAUUACCUGAUUCCGCACGUGUUUGAUAAUCUGCGAGAAUUCAAGAGGUUCGAAGGAUUGGAAGAAUUGGCCAUUGCUUGCCAUCAUGAUGAUAUAGUUGGCAUGAGGAGGUACGGAUAUAUGUUUGCGCAAAUGUGUUUUGACAAGGUAGACGAAGUUGAGCAUGGCUGGCCGACACAUUGGCCAAAACUAGUUUGUUCAGCAAAAGCCAUGGGCCAGUGUUCUAAACAUUGGUGGUUCGAUAGAUGGAAUGACAGGGCGAUGUCCAGAUCAGAUCGAAAUUGGCAAGAUCAAAUGGCGAUGCUUGUUAGGGUCACAGCUAGAAAUGAUAUCGAUCCCGAAGUUUUUCACUACAAUUCGCAAUUCCUACGUCUCGUUUUGGGAACAUAG